UCCGGUGUGGGCGUGGCCGAAAUGCGCUCUGUCUCUAUUAUGUGAACUUUCCCUAAUUUGCAUAGAACAGAAAGUUUCCUGAACAAACCGAAAGCAGGUGUGCCGCUUUACAGGAAGAGACAGGCUCAGAACAGAUAUCGCAUUCUGAAUACAGGAAUACAGGAAAAGCAAUGGAAUCAUUUCCAGACUGUUGUCCACAUCUGAGUAUGCCUGUAGAGACUGAUGAGUCUAUGACCUUGUCCUCUCUCAAUCUGGUCUGGCCUGCAUGCCAGCAGUGCCCAUCACACACCCUUAAAGAUGAAGGAAAAAGUGGUAGCCCAAAAAUGUGUGUUCGUGAUGUAAGUAGAUUGGAUUACCUAGAUGGUUGCUGUGGGCUUGCUCCUAAAGAUUUAAGGGCCAGUCCCCUCACCAAAGUUUCCAUAAGCGAUUCACAACACACGGAGAGCCCUGCAGGCUUGCCCAGUCUCUACUUGCCUCAAAGUUCAGGAAGACACCUUCAGAGAGACUGUAGAGCCCACAUAGAACAUCUGAGAGAAGAAUUCUCGGGCAUCAGUCUUCAAAAUCGCUGCAUUUCCCCUUUCCUAUAUUCACACACCCAAAACCCUGUGAGUGAGGAUGAGGAGAGUCUAGAAAAGCCUGGACCUCUUCGUUCUGACCAGGGAGAGAAUUCCUGCAGAUAUUCUCCAGCAAAACAGCCAGGAUUUUACGAUAAGUACCCACCAGAGGUUUUAUAUCACUGGCAGAAGCAGCCUGCAAAUUAUCCACAGCCCAACUAUCCACUGUAUCAUCCACUACCUGAGCAUGCAAGACCGAUCUCUAGGCAAGAGGCAGUUGUGAGGCCCCCUCAAAUCACAUCCCGUCAGAGCACAGCCCCUGUGAGAGAGCUUAUGUCAGAAGUGUGUGUCCAGCCUUCCCAACCAGUUACUGUUGGCCACCCUCAAAUGCUGAGGCGCAACAUCAGUCUUCCCGAUGACUGCAGAGACAUUUUCAUAACAUAUUCUGUGGACACUGCGGCAGAGUUGAUGCCAUUUGUCAAUUUUUUGAUUAAUCAGGGAUUCAGACCAGCUAUUGAUAUAUUUGAAGACAGAGUUAGACAAAUGGACAUCAACAAAUGGAUGGACAGUUUUUUAAAAAAUAAGUCAGUGUUAAUAAUUGUAGUGAUCAGUCCAAAGUAUAAGACAGAUGUUGAGGGAGAUGGAUCUGAUCAACAUGGACUACACACCAAGUACAUACACACUCAGAUACAAAAUGAAUUCAUUCUGCAGAGAUGUCUAAACUUUAGAUUGGUACCAGUACUGUUUCCCAGUGCUAACCAAAGUCAUGUUCCACUGUGGCUACAGAGCACACGUCUGUACCGGUGGCCUGAGGAUGCUAAGGACCUGUUACUGCGUUUACUCAGAGAAGAAAAAUACAUUGUUCCUCCUCUGAGCAAAGAGCUGAUGCUCACUAUCAAACCCCUGUAAAAGUCAAUUUUGUCACAUCAUGUCUAGAUCACAUUUCUCCUUAAAAUCAGAAGAAAUGAAUAAGAAAGUUAUGAGUUACAUUUUAAAAAGUUACAUUUUGUUGAAAGAAAAUAGUAUAUUUUAGGACCAUCAAUAUUUUUUUUAGGAGAAGGAUAGACAUUGUCCUCCCAAAAAUGUAAAAAGUACUAUAUGUAUAUAGUAGUCAACAUUUGAAGUGGAUCAAAACCUUUCAUCAAAGUUGUCCUAAAGCCAAAACGAUUCUUGUUCUUGUCAGGACAACUGUGAUGAACUUUUUUGAUCCACUUUAAAUGUUGACUACUGUAUAUAUAUAUAUUUGCAUUUUCUUUUGAUUUCUUUCAUUUGAUUUUGGUAUGAAAGGUAACCCAGCAUGAUUUGUUAGGCACUACAACUAAUACAGACACAGCUUCAGAAAAAAAAGCUACUUUUGGUAAUGUGUAUUUGUAUAUUUGAUAUGCUUUUCUCAUUUAACACAAUAAUGACUGUUAUUUGCGAUUAUUAGAUUAUGAAUAAUUGUGAUUAAGACAGAUUGUGCAAUUAAUUAACUAGAUUAAAAAUGUUAAUCACUUGACAGCUUUAAUUAUACAUUUAAAGAGGUGUGCGUAUUUACUUUGUCACCACUGUCACUAAUAAAAGUUUUAAAACUUAUGUUUAAUAAUUCAGUGAUGCAUUUAAAAGAGUAGUUCACUUCCAGAGCAAAAAUGUGCAGAUAAUGGAGAGGUGUUCUCUUCACGGAUGAAUCCCAGUUUUCACUGUACAGGGCAGAUGGCAAACAGCAUGUAUGGCGUUGUGUGGGUGAGCAGUUUGCUGAUGUCAACAUUGUGGAUUGAGUGGCCCAUGGUGGCAGUGGUCUUAUGGUAUGGGCACCUCGAGCCAUCAUCCUGCGUUUGCAUUAUUUCCAAGAGACGGAAGAAAUAAUGCAAAAGGCGGCCAGGAUGCAGCAGACUGUCUUCAGCUAUAUUAUUUGAAAAAGGGGUUACAUUUAAACAAACUGCUCUGAGAACAGACAGGGAAGGUCGUUACAUUAUUCUGUCUGGUGAGAUUUAUGGUUUCCAGAUUACGUUAAUAAAUGUGUACGGCCCAAAUUA